UGCAAAAAAUAAAACUAGGUUUACAAUGAUGUCAAUCAGGCUCAUUAAGUAGUCCGGUCAUGACUUGACAUGUAGCCUAAAGAUAUUUUGACCACCUCUUCCCCAACUGUGCCAUUACAGAGUAAUUUAAACUUUUGUUAAACUUUUUAAAAUGAAUGAUUGUUAUUGUGUUGUGGAUGUCUCUAGUAAGGUCUUGGAUUGUUCUCAACAUUGGUAAAAAAAAAAAAAAAAUUAUAAUAAAAAAAAACCUGACAAUCUGUGCCCGGAAGUGUCUACUUUUCUCUUCUUUGGCUCCUUGGAAGUGACGUCAUCCUGUCAACAUGUAAGAUGGCGACGCAUCACAGGCAAAAUGCUGCGGGGCGGAGGAAAGUCCAGGUGUCAUACGUCAUCCGUGAUGAGGUGGAGAAGUAUAAUCGCAAUGGAGUUAAUGCCCUGCAGCUGGACCCGGCCUUGAACCGGCUCUUCACUGCGGGCCGAGACUCCAUCAUCCGAAUAUGGAGCGUCAACCAGCACAAGCAGGACCCUUACAUAGCCUCGAUGGAGCACCAUACAGACUGGGUCAAUGACAUCGUCCUGUGCUGCAAUGGGAAGACAUUGAUCUCGGCUUCCUCGGAUACCACAGUGAAGGUCUGGAAUGCGCACAAAGGCUUCUGUAUGUCCACGUUGCGAACGCACAAGGACUAUGUCAAAGCCUUAGCAUAUGCUAAAGAUAAAGAACUGGUAGCAUCUGCAGGCCUUGACAGACAGAUCUUCCUGUGGGACGUGAACACAUUAACAGCUCUUACUGCCUCAAAUAACACAGUCACCACGUCGUCACUUAGCGGAAACAAGGACUCCAUCUAUAGCCUGGCCAUGAAUCAGAUGGGCACCGUCAUUGUGUCAGGUUCCACUGAAAAGGUGUUAAGAGUUUGGGAUCCUCGAACCUGCGCCAAGCUCAUGAAGUUGAAAGGCCAUACGGACAACGUCAAGUCCUUGCUCCUAAACAGGGAUGGCACACAGUGUCUGUCGGGCAGCUCCGACGGGACCAUCCGCCUCUGGUCUCUGGGCCAGCAGCGAUGCAUCGCCACGUACCGCGUGCACGACGAGGGCGUGUGGGCGCUGCAGGUCAACGAGGCCUUCACACACGUCUACUCCGGAGGCCGCGACCGCAAGAUCUACUGCACUGACCUGCGCAACCCGGACAUCCGUGUGCUCAUCUGUGAGGAGAAGGCCCCGGUUCUCAAGAUGGAGCUCGACCGAACUGCAGACCCUCCCUCAGCCAUUUGGGUCUCCACCACCAAGUCUGCAGUUAAUAAAUGGUCUCUAAAGGGCAUGCAUAAUUUCCGAGCAUCUGGUGACUACGACAACGACUGCACCACUCCCCUGACGCCACUUUGCACACAACCAGAGCAGGUCAUCAAAGGGGGAGCCAGUAUAAUCCAGUGCCACAUCCUAAAUGACAAAAGACACAUCCUUACCAAAGACACAAACAGCAACCUAGCAUAUUGGGAUGUGCUGAAGGCAUGUAAGGUUGAAGACCUGGGGAAGAUGGAAUUUGAAGAGGAGAUCAAGAAACGAUUCAAAAUGGUCUAUGUGCCAAACUGGUUCUCUGUGGAUUUGAAAACUGGGAUGCUGACGAUCACUCUGGAUGAGAGUGACUGCUUUGCCGCAUGGGUGUCUGCCAAGGACGCAGGGUUCACCAGUCCUGAUGGAUCAGACCCGAAGUUGAAUCUCGGAGGACUCUUACUGCAAGCCCUGCUGGAAUACUGGCCACGGACGCACAUCAAUCCCAUGGACGAGGAGACCGAGCUCAACCACGUGAACGGGGAGCAUGAGAGCCGAAUACAGAAAGGGAACGGGUACUUCCAGGUGCCUCCACACACCCCUGUGAUCUUCGGGGAGGCGGGAGGGAGAACUUUGUUCAGGUUGCUCUGUCGAGAUUCAGGGGGUGAAACUGAGUCCAUGCUGCUCAACGAGACCGUCCCACAGUGGGUCAUUGACAUCACAGUGGAUAAAAAUAUGCCGAAAUUCAACAAAAUCCCAUUCUACCUCCAGCCACACUCUUCCUCUGGAGCCAAAACGCUGAAGAAGGACCGCCUGUCAGCCAGCGACAUGCUGCAGGUACGCAAGGUGAUGGAGCACGUCUACGAGAAGAUCAUCAACCUGGACAACGAGUCCCAGGCGGGCGGCACGACCAAUGACAAGCCCAAUGAGCAGAAGGAGGACGAGGACAUGGCCGUGCUGGCGGAGGAGAAGAUCGAGCUGCUGUGUCAGGACCAGGUCCUGGACCCCAACAUGGACCUGCGCACGGUGAAGCACUUCAUCUGGAAGAGCGGGGGCGACCUAACGCUUCACUACCGGCAGAAGUCCACGUGAGGGCGGGAAUGGGACUGCUGCACUCCAAAACGAACGCCUGUUCCUCUCCCCCCCCCCCCCCCCCCAACCCUCUCCACACACAGGGUGCCAACAUGGACCACCGCACUCAGCUCAUCCACCCCACCGUCUUCCAUCAGUAACACUUUCGGGAGGCAUACCCACCCGAUAUGCCCCCCCACCCCCCUGACACCCACACAUACUUGCUUCAUGUCUCCGUCUCAAACCACCUGGACACCAAAGCUGUGGUCACCUCUGCACCAGCGGAAGUGGAGUGUCAUUUUGAUUCUGCCAUGUUAAGACAGAAGUGGGUAGGCGGCUUGAAGGAGGAGGAAACGGUUUGGCAGAUCACGCUUUGUACAGUGAAAACAGACUUGUCAUCAGUGGAGUUUGUCACUUUAUUUAAUAUGACUCCUUUUUUUUUUUAUUGAUGUAAUUCAGAUUUCUGUUGGCAUCUGAAUCAACACCUUUUGGCCCAACUGACGGUUCAUGUUGCAACAUCUUAGACCAAGGUGUUUACGAAUCUGUCCCACAUUCCAGGGAUUUUUUUUUGUUCCACAUUCACCGCCAUCACCAUCAUCACCAUCACCACCACCUCAACCUCACCCCCAGCUUCCUUCAUUACUGUCCAUUGGGGUCACACGGACACACAAGGAGGACAUCAGAGGGAGGAUCACAAUCUUGACCUGCAUGACGGGCGACGUCAUGAUACAAUCAGCUCAUUUCUAGAAUGUAAUGCGAGUGCUGCUUUUCAAAAACAGGAAGCCGAUCCUGGGCAAUGUGUUGUUCUUUAGGCAGAGGGGUCUGGGACAACUUUACAUAUGGACUCAAAAUCUCAUAUUGCAUUUCUGUCUUUUGUUGCUCCUCUGAAAUCAGAUGCCACCAUUUUGUAAAUAUAUUGUAAUUAUUUUGUAGGCAACCUGACUUGAGUUGUUGACCCUGAUGAUCAGGAUAUUUUAUUCUCGUUAUUUUCUUUUUAAAGCAAACGUAUGUUUUCUUCAAAAGGGUGCUUUUUUUCACAUGUAAAUGAAAUGAGAUGAGAUUUGUGACGGUGAGUUCCAAGGAUUUAGAUUUCUGGUAAAGGAGGGUAAAAGGCACUCACUCGGUGCGUGUGGUUUUACUUGUGAUUGUCAGCUGCUAACCGUCUGCCUACCUUAACAGGAGAGGGAUCAGAAAGGAAAUCUGCAGAGAAAACGCACUGGUCACAUUGUAUGUGGUUUGCAUUGACACGGACCCAUCUGUGAACUACUGUGGAUUGACAUUAGGGAAUGUAAGCAACACGUGGUUCAGUUAGGGUCAUACGCAGUGCUUCAUGACUGAUGGUCCACUCGUGCAUAGUUCAUGCUGUAUUCCGCUCUGCAUGCAAUAUCAGUGAUGUAUGGAGUCACUCCUGAUGGGACAGUGUGACCAAAUACUGUUGAGGAACGGAAACACUUGACAGAUCAUACAAAGAUAGGGAUAGGACUGGACGGUGGAAAUACUCAGUUCAUUUUUUUUUAUUUAUGCAAAACAUUAUACUGUGCCCAGCUCAAAAUGCAAACAGACCACAACGUGAUCUGCACAGUCCUAUAAAAUUUAUAAUAAUAAAGAAUAUAUUUGGUGUUAGUAAAAUGAUGGAACAGGCACAACCUAACUAGUUGUUGAAUGAAAUGCUCAACACGAAACAAAAUGCUCUAGGGAAUAUCCAACGCCUCCACAUCCUCUACCCUGUAUCCCUGCUCCUUGUGUUGAUUGUAAUUAAAUGUAGUAUAUUUUGGGUAAAUAACUGCUUAAUAAAUUAACCAACAUCAAGAAAAAAAAA